AGCACGUGGUCACUCACUUCACCGGAAGCGUCAGUUCAGUCACCCUGCAUCAUCAGUGUUUUAUAUAUUUUCUGAGCUGUGCGGUGGUUAUAAACAGCAGCCUGUCGCCAUGCCGAUGUUUGUGGUUAAUACAAAUGUUUCGAAAGAUGCGGUUCCUCCAGGAUUAAUGUCUGAGCUGACGAAGGAUCUUGCAAAAGCCACGGGGAAACCAGCCGACUACAUCGCAGUGCACAUCAUCCCGGAUCAGAUGAUGAUGUUCGGGGGCCAACCAGACCCCUGUGCCCUGUGCUCUCUCCACAGCAUCGGGAAGAUCGGAGGCUCACAGAACAAACAAUAUUCCAAACUGCUCAUGGGUUUGCUAAGUAAACACCUGGGCAUCUCCCCUGACAGGAUCUACAUCAACUUUUUCGACAUGGAUGCAUCAAACGUGGCCUGGAACAGCUCCACCUUUGGUUGAAGCGGCUGGAUUUUCCCUAUCUGUAACCAGUACAUCUAUAACCUCUAAUAAACAAAAGCGCACUAGAGAUAUGAUCCAUAUUAUUUCCCAAGAGAGCACUUAAUGUAGAUUUGCUUCCUUUGAAUUUCAGUGCUUACGGUUAGUCCGUGUUAAAAUCUCAUUGGCACUUUGCACAUCCUGUCAAAAGACCAAAUAAAUAUUAAACACUGAGUGUAAUAAUUCUCUGAUUGAUGAUAUGAGUUUAAUAUGAGUAAAAUUUAAACUUGAAAACGCCUGCUUUACAUGUGUUUUGUGAUUGUGUGUGUGUUGCACAUAUAUUACACUGAAGGCUUGCUUUACGAAAAGUGACAAUAAUAAAUAAAGAAAUUUAAAAAAGCUUA